AUGGAUUGUCUCUGGCCUUUCGAGCACAUUUUGCUUCAAAUUUGCGAGAAACUAGAAUUCGAAGAUCUUUCAAAGAUGGAAGAAGUCGACCCGGUUUUUGAAGAAUUGAGCAGAAGCGGAAGAUUGUGGCACAAGUACUUGAAGUACAAAAGAAAAGUGUGCCCGUUUCAUAGAGAUUAUAUGAAGAGAGCGAAUGUGAAGCUGACUCGGCCGUCGGAAUUGUCGAGGAGAAUCGCGGAGAAAAUUCACGACGCAGAGGAAGUUUCAAGGUUGAACAUGGAAAAGGGCACUUUCCAGGAACUGUUCCUGUACAAAGACGAGGAACUGAGCUGGCUACCUGAACUCGAAUCCGCCAAAAUCAUAUCUGCAUUUACAGUCACUGAAAACCGCCUAAUUACGUGUUCAAAAUUCCUGACUUUCUGGGACGAGAAAAGCAGAAAAGUCACGAAACGAUUUCUAUUCCCGCACAACGCCGGAAAAGUGAUGCAAAUAAAAGUGCUCGAAAACGACCAAAAAAUCAUCACGCAGCAUUUUUCGCUUUUUAACUCGACUAUCACAUUCUUGGAAUUCGACAUUCUCAAAGAAGAGUUUCGAAAAAUAUUCUCCAAGGUGGUUAAUUUGGUGCAUUCUGUGACGUUGCAAGAAAAAUUCGGAAUUAUCGUGGGUCAAAAUAUAACACGGCUGUAUUGGGAGAAUGGAGAACACGAAUUUCUAGCGCCGGAAUUGUAUGGAAGCUCUCCUUCGAGUAUCAAGGCCGAUUUUUAUGACGACUCAUUGUUGACUGUUUUUAAUCAACGAGACAUCACGUGGUCACCAAAAAUCAUUUUCCGAAAACUAGACGAAAAGUUCCCUCUCUGGUCGCAAAAACUGACGGAGACGCAAUUCGUCUACGACGCAAAAUUUAGCGAAAAGGGGAAUCAAGUCAUAAUCGCAAAUCUGAGCCAGUGCAAAAGAUCCGACAUUGAGAUUCGAAUUUUGAGUGCGAAAGAUGGGACUGCUCUUCAAACACUAGAUAUCAUUUUUCCGUUCAAAGUUGUUUCGAUUGGAUACGAAUUUAUAGCUCUUGGGGGACGAGAUAAUGUGCUGCUUUUGAACACGAAAAAUAUCAAGGAAAAAGUCAGAAUUUGA